AUGACCUAUGCAGCUACAUAUGUCAACGCAACAGUGGGAUCAACAGCUCAUCUGUUCUGCUCCUACACCUUCCCCAGUCACCUGGUAUUCAAGAAAGCAUUCUGGACUCUCGUUCCAUUGAAGCCCUGGCCUGACCUUGCCCUUGACCCUCUCUACGUGGGCAGAGUCAGUGUGGACUGCCGGGAUGGCACCCAGACAUGCGCCUUGAACAUCAGCGCGCUGAACACAUCAGACAGCAGAGCGUACUACUGUAGAGUGGAGACUAAGGGGCAGACGUGGGUUCAAAGUCCAGGGGUUGAACUUCGCGUGACGGGGACUGUGAGGCUGGUGAGUGGAGCGAAUCGAUGUUCUGGAAGAGUGGAGGUAUAUCAUGAAGGAGUGUGGGGGACAGUGUGUGAUGAUGGGUGGGAUGUAACUGAUGCUGCAGUGGUGUGCAGAGAGGUGGGCUGUGGGAAUGCCACAAAAGCUCUGACACGGGCUCACUUUGGAGAGGGAUCAGGAACAAUCUGGAUGGAUGAUGUGAACUGUGCGGGAUCUGAGUCUACACUGAAGAACUGUAACCAUAGAGGAUGGGGAAGCCAUAACUGUGGACACCAUGAGGAUGCUGGAGUUAAAUGUUCAGGGACUGUGAGACUGAUUAAUGGCCCCACUGCGUGUUCUGGAAGAGUGGAGGUAUAUCAUGAAGGAGUGUGGGGGACAGUGUGUGAUGAUGGGUGGGAUGUAACUGAUGCUGCAGUGGUGUGCAGAGAGGUGGGCUGUGGGGAUGCCAUUAAAGCUCUGACACGGGCUCACUUUGGAGAGGGAUCAGGAACAAUCUGGAUGGAUGAUGUGAACUGUACGGGAUCUGAGUCUACACUGAAGAACUGUAACCAAAGAGGAUGGGGAAACCAUAACUGUGGACACAAUGAGGAUGCAGGAGUUAAUUGUUCUGGUAACAAUGGUUCUAUACCAUCCCCUGUUAGGCUGUCUGGCGGCCGCACCAACUGUUCUGGAUGGGUGGAGGUCUACCACGUAGACCAGUGGGCCAGUGUGUGUGAUGAUGGCUGGGACAUGAACGAUGCUGCGGUGGUGUGCAGACAGCUGGGGUGCGGUGACGCUCUUUGUGCCCCUGAGAGCUCCCACUUUGGCACUGUCAGAGGAAGCACUGAUGACAGGAUGACUGAUGUAUCAUGCUCAGGAACCGAAGGCUUCCUCACUGACUGCUCCCAUGCCAUCAGGCAACAGAUACCGUGUGAAACUGCGGGCGUAGUGUGCACAGGAGCUAGCAUGCAAACUGAGAUUACCCUCACACCCCCUGAGUCAACAGUCUCAGCAGGUGACAGCAUUGAAUUUAGAUGCAGUACAUCAUCAGACACCUGCUCCUCAACAGACUUCAAGUUGUCAAGGAAUGGGGAAGCGAUGAUGACUACAUCAGCCACUGACUACCAGAGAAAUGUGACCUUUGCCUUACUUUCUCUGGACACUUCUAGCCAGGGAAAUUACUCAUGUGGCUAUUCCCCCAACUUCACUGAGAGUGUGCCAGUCACUCUCACUGUUGUUUCUCUAGCAAAGCCAGUUCUCACCCUUGAAACGGACACACCAACCUGGGGUCAGCCGGUCCAGAUGACCUGUACCAUUUCCACUGAACACCUGGGUGGGACGUUCACCUUACAGCAGCUGUCUGGGUCGUACAGAGCGGAAAAGCAGGGCUCAACACCUACUGUUGAUUUCACCAUCCCUCAGGCUUACAAUAGCCACUCAGGAUCCUACUACUGCCAGUAUGAGACAAGAGUAAAUGAUCGUCUCUUCAACUCCACUCUCAGCAAUCUUCUGAAUUUCUCAGUAACGGCAUCCUCCGUUAGGUUGUCUGGCGGCCGCACCAACUGUUCUGGACGAGUGGAAGUCUACCACGUAGACCAGUGGGCUAGUGUGUGUGAUGAUGGCUGGGACAUGAACGAUGCUGUGGUGGUGUGCAGACAGCUGGGUUGCGGAGACGCUCUUUGUGCCCCUGAGAGCUCCCACUUUGGUGCUGUCAGAGGAAGCACUGAUGACAGGAUGACUGAUGUGGCAUGCUCAGGAACCGAAGGCUUUCUCACUGACUGCUCCCAUGCCAUCAGGCAACAGAUACCGUGUGAAACUGCGGGCGUGGUGUGCACAGGAGCUAGCAUGCAACCUGAGAUUAGCCUCACACCCCCCGAGUCAACAGUCUCAGCAGGUGACAGCAUUGAAUUUAGAUGCACUACCUCAUCAGACACCUGCUCCUCAACAGACUUCAAGUUGUCAAGGAAUGGGGAAUCGAUGAUGACUACAUCAGCCACUGACUACCACAGAAAUGUAACCUUUGCAUUGCUUUCUCUGGACACUUCUAGCCAGGGAAAUUACUCAUGUGGCUAUUCCCCCAACUUUACUGAGAGUGUGCCAGUCACUCUCACUGUUGUUUCUCUAGCAAAUCCAGUUCUCACCCUUGAAACGGACACACCAACCUGGGGUCAGCCGGUCCAGAUGACUUGCACCAUCUCCACUGAACACCUGGGUGGGACGUUCACCUUACAGCAGCUGUCUGGGUCGUACAGAGCGGAAAAGCGGGGCUCAACACCUACUGUUGAUUUCACCAUCCCUCAGGCUUACAAUAGCCACUCAGGAUCCUACUACUGCCAGUAUGAGACAAGAGUAAAUGAUCGUCUCUUCAACUCCACUCUCAGCAAUCUUCUGAAUUUCUCAGUGAUGGCAUCCUCCAUUAGGUUGUCUGGCGGCCGCACCAGCUGUUCUGGAUGGGUGGAGGUCUACCACGUAGAUCAGUGGGCCAGUGUGUGUGAUGAUGGCUGGGACAUGAACGAUGCUGUGGUGGUGUGCAGACAGCUGGGGUGCGGAGAUGCUCUUUGUGCCCCUGAGAGCUCCCACUUUGGCACUGUCAGAGGAAGCACUGAUGACAGGAUGACUGAUUUGGCAUGCUCAGGCACUGAAGGCUUCCUCACUGACUGCUCCCAUGCCAUCAGGCAACAGAUACCGUGUGAAACUGCGGGCGUAGUGUGCACAGGAGCUAGCAUGCAACCAGAGAUUACCCUCACACCUCCCGAGUCAACAGUCCCAGCAGGCGACAGCAUUGAAUUUAGAUGUGCUACUUCAUCAGACACCUGCAACACAACAGAGUUCAAGCUAUCAAGGAAUGGGGAAACCAUCAAUGCUACAUCAGCUACUGACUACCAGAGACAUGUGACCUUUGGGUUUCCUUCCCUGGACAUAUCUAACCAAGGAAUUUACUCGUGUGCCUAUUCCCCGACCUUCACUGAAAGUGUGCCAGUCAAUCUCACUAUCGUUGCUCUGGCAAAGCCAGUUCUCACCCUUGAAACGGACACACCAACCUGGGGUCAGCCAGUCCAGAUGACCUGCACCAUCUCCACUGAACACCUGGGUGGGACGUUCACCUUACAGCAGCAGCCUGGGUCGUACAAACGGAAAAAGCAGGGAUCAACACCUGCUGUUGUUUUCACUAUCCCUCAGGCUUAUGGCAGCCACUCAGGAUCCUACAACUGCCAGUAUGAAAUAAGAGUGAAUGGCCGUCUCUUCACAUCGACUAGUAGCAACCAUAUGAACCUCUCAGUGAAGGAUCUAAUCAAACCAAACGAGGAGGUAUGUCCCAGCUUUGGCUAA